AUGGAGGACCUGGUAAAAAUCUAUUCUCCCAACCCGGCUCUCUACACUGCCCGACUGUUGGACAUAAUAUUCGGUAGAGAGAUACUGGUGGGUGCUUGCACUAGACGACUGGUGGAUGAUGGUGAUUUGGAACAACUGGAUUCUCAUAAACUGCGAUCUGUGAUUGGUUCCCCUAAACUCCGGGCGGCCAAGUUCGGUUACACCCAGAAGGGAAGGGCGAUGCUGCUGUACAACGGAUAUGCCUACAUCAAAGACCGCCAGGCCCAGAAGAGCUGCAACUGGAAGUGCUCGUUGUUCGGAAAGCUGAAAUGCCGAGCCAGGGCCGUCACGAAGGAGGUUAACGGGCGGCAGAUGAUGAAAAUCACCAAACCCCUGCAUAACCACACUCGCGACGUGUAUUCAUUGAAUGAUAUCGGGUCUUCGAUUAGUGAAGACAUUAGUGAAAACGUAAUCUAUGUAUUGUCGAAGCGUGGCACCAAGCAUCUGUUUCACGAUGGAAACACCUACACCCCAAAUGAGCGACCCUACCCAGGGCAGCGGUCCCGAACGUGGAAAUGCUCGUUGUACUACCGGCUCAAGUGUCGCGCCCGCAUUGUCACCAGUGAAGCCGAUGGGCUACCCAAGCUGCGGGUGGUGGUUGCUGAGCAUACCCACUCGAAAGUGUUCCCCAAUUUAACGCAUAAAUUUCGCAAUAUUGUUUUCGUAGUGAAUAACGUGGGUGGCCUUCAACUAUGCGUAGAUGGGUAUCCCUUCAUCCGAUCGAGGACAACCGACGAUGUUCAGUAUUGGACGUGUAAACAACGAAAACGUCUAGGCUGCCCGGUUCGUGCCUCCGUACGUCGUCGAGAGAAAGGACAAAAACCACUGGUCAAGGCGAGCGGAUGUCACAACCAUCUGAUUAUCACGGAGUGCCAGAAAUAUGGAGAAAGUUCCAUGGUAAUGCAAACGAUGGCACGUGACGCCAAGUUGUGGCAGAGAAAAGGAAACGUGUCACGUCAAAGAAAAUGCGAGCAGCACCAGCGGAAUAUCAAACGAAGAUAUGCCGGUGCCCAGAUCGAGUACCGAGGCAGAGACGUGACGUUUUCGCCGAGCUGCCGCGGUAUGCCAAAAAUGACUCUGGAAGGGUACGUCUACAUUCGCAAUGCUGGCAAUGCCACCAAAAUGUACUGGCUUUAUACCUCGAAACCAACCUUCAACAGACUGCUAUUCAUCAAAGGACAACGUGGCCCGAAACUGAUCUUCGAUGGAUAUUCUUUCAACAGAAACAAAGGCCACGGUCAAGCCACCUACUGGCGUUGUACGAAACAUCAAUCGCUCGGCUGCAAAGCCAAAUUGGUUACCACAAAUCUUGGCAAAAAGAUUUCCAUCGGGACUCCGGUUCACUGUCACAUGGCUGAUUACGAUUUCAAACAAUACUUCAGCGAACUGACACCAACUGCGACAAAGAAGCCCACUACCAUAACCCUGGACAACCAAGAGUUGGAUUUCGUGCCCGGUCAACGUGGUACCAGCUUGCUCCGGAUCAACAACUAUUGCUACGCCAGAAAUAACAAAUCACAAAACUCGACCUACUGGGUGUGCCGUACCAGAACGCAACACCGGCCGUGCAAUUCCCGAGUCGUUACCACGCUGAAAAACAACGGACUGUAUCGGGUCGUGAUCACCAAUCCGGUGCAUCUCCACGAACCCAACAAAUCCAGUGCCUAUAGAAGAGUCGAGCAGGUCAGGAGGAGACCCAAACUGGUGGCACCGAAGCCGGUACUGGAGGAAUUUUUCACUUUCACGUUUGAUUCGGACUAG